AUAACAAGCUCAUACACUACGGAAUAUCAUGAAAAGAAGAUAAAUUAUUGGCAAAAAGUUUGCUAGCACUAUGCAGUCGCAAACUUUGUAACAAGCCUUUUAUAGCCUCUUCAGGUCAACCCUGCUACGUUAAAUUUAAAGCGAUAAUUUACGUCUACUUCCCAUAGCCUUUUUGAGAUUUCUAAAUGGACGCUAUUGCAAUCGAGCCAGAAAUCUAUGGAAAAACCUGUCGAUACCUGUACGAUAUGCAUGAUCCGCGUCAGCGUAUCGGACAGGGCGGCUUUGGCUCCGUGUGCAAAGCGACUAUCACGGAUUACGGCAAUUAUGUCGGGGACGGUGUAUUGGCCGUCAAGGUUAUCUACCCCAGAAGGGACGCCUAUGCGGACGAAGUGGCCAAAAACAAAAUGCGCAGUCGAUUUCAAAAGCUGCUGGAGAUCAGCAACGAGCACAUCGCCACGUAUCAACAGGUUAUUAUCGAUUUCACAACAUUCGGCGACACCUUUACCGUGAAAUUGCUCAUGGAUUUCUAUAUAGCGAAGGCGACUUGGCUCAUCGCUUGCAAACAUUGCGCCACGAAAAUCAGCUGUGGCACACCGGCACCCGACUGGUACCGAUGCCCUUUGACCUGAAAACUGCGGCGGACUACGUAUUUCAGAUUAGCGAAGGCCUAGCGUUUCUGCAUUCCAUCGGCAUUAUUCACGGUGAUCUGAAGCCUGGAAAUAUAUUUAUCCGGACAGUAGCACAAAAUACUACUAGCCGCGAAGUACUGGUCAUCGGCGACCUGGAUGACUUUGUCCAGAUGAAGGCUAACAUCACCUCAACAGGCGACUUUAGUGCUCAUCACACUCCGGGCAGUCUCCGUUGCAUGUCACCCGAACUGCACCGCCGAUCGGCCACGGAAGUUUUCAACGAUAAAACGGGACGGAAAACCGAUAUCUGGAGUCUGGGAUGCAUUAUCCUGGAGAUGAUUAAUUGCAUUAUGGGCACGAAUCACUUAUGGUUGUGCAAUAAAGCCCAUCCGCCUGACCGGAAGCGGGGUGAUAAUAUUGAUGAGCGCCCUUAUGCAGUCCUGAUGUCGAAAGGCUAUCUGCCCGAAGUACCCUUUGCUGCACCGUCCCCAUUGGCGGAGUGUGCUCGCCGCUGUCUAUGUGAGGACAGCAGGGUUAGGAUCAGCGCUGCAGACGUGGUUCAGAUGCUGCGCAACGGCCAGGAAGAGAUCGCGCAAGCUACGGAGCUAGCGGGAACGCCUUCCGGGCAUCGCAUAGCCGGUCGUAUAAUGGGAGCGAUACUGAUGUUUCUGUUAGUAUCGGCUCUGGUUAUUAUGAUGUGUGUAGGGCCUGGCCGAUUCUAGAAGUGGGAAUCUUGGUGGUAGCGAAGUAAAUACGCAACAUUGACAAUUGAUUACUACAAGAUAUAGCCUAUAUAUCCUCAGGGUGUUUUCGCAUUUUAAUCGCUGUAAUCUGAAUUUCAGAAGCACAAGUUGCCCGCUUUUGUCUAAGUCAAAAUACUUCUUUUUAGUGCUACAGCGCAGCCGUGUUUUGCAUUAAUUUAUUCAGACAAAAUGAAUUAGGGGAAGGGUGGCCGAGCUCUGUAAUCUACGAGUACGUAUACUCGUACCGCUCAGUAGCCAUCUGAAUCCCCCGCCGUGAAUUUUGUUGCUCCAUUUUUUCUUCAGCGUUUUCCAACAAGA